UGUAGGCCUUUAACAAAGACGUGUUCAGGGACAGUCGUGGAUGCCCCGUGACGAAUCACAAGGUUCAGUAUUGGCUUCGAGUGCGUUCGCUCGCUCAAACAGAGAGCCAGGAAGAAGUACUGCCCAGCCUGCACUUGAACUUUGUGAACUAAUCACAUAGACACUAGGCUACUACAGGGCAUAAACCUAUUUCCAUAAUCAACCACCACAGAGCCAUGCAGCAGCAUUUGACUGAUUAGAUACAACCGUGCAACUCAGCUUAAAAAUUGAAUAUUGCCACAACAGCUUAUUCCCUCGGUUGUUUGCCAGAAGAAGGGGAAAUGGAACCGCAUCCGAUAUACCUCCCCAUCCAUCUUUUUACAAAGCUUUUUUUCUUUGAAAAAGCUAGAAAUAAUUUCGAUAAUGAACUCCGAAUGUUCACGUUAAAGACCUAUGCAGACCUUGAAGGUUAUUUGAAAUCGCCUCUAACACAGGUAUAUAAGGAAUACUCAUAUCUUAUGAAAACAUUGGAUGCAAAAUAUGAAGCGAUCACGCUACUCUCCACAGUGCUUAAAGACAUCCAGUCCGUUCCAAAUGGCAAAAGCCACAACAUUGGCAAGCUGACAAAUAUGAAGAAAAAGAAACAAGGAACGUUGAACUCCGAGAUGCUUAAAUGUGAGCCCAUGUUGCAGAACACGCCGGUGGCUGUCACCAUCCCCAAAGCUGUUCAGGUUAUUGACACAGUAUCGUCCUGCCAGCAGAAGACCGCAUUGCCUGAGACUCCCGAGGUACCUGGGGAGGUUUCUCAACAUAGACGUUUGUCAGCUGUUGACUCCAACACCGUUGUGGGUUCACCUCACAUUGCAGAAUCAAACAAAAUAUCAAAAAAUAAGAUGCCAAAAGAUGUCUUGCCAAAGAAGUCAGAGGUGACCGUUUGUCUGCCUCACUCUCCUAAUGCAAGCAAAGAUGUCGUGCCAAAAAUUGUCACAAUGAAUGAACACAAGCCUCCAGCUGUCCAGGUAACCCAAACGUUUGCUGCUCCAAAGAGUGUCCCUGUGAGACAGACAACCAAGGAGACGCAUCCCAAUCUUAUCCAGAACUUUCCCUCACACCUCAUUGAUGUGGGAUUGGACAUCUGCUCUGAGGUUCAGUACCAAAAGCAAACCUCUUCACAGCUCAUGGCCUUCCUGAAGACCAGCCGUAAAACUCAAUUCAUGACUCUGUUGACCUUCAUCAAGAGCUCCUGUGAAAGAGGCAAAACGUACCCAAUGAUGUUGGCAUCUGGCCAAAUGAACACUGGUUCAGCCACAGAACCAAAGACUGAGGUGACGACAACAAGUCCUCCAAAGGACAAACGAGGUACUGGGCCCCCAGAAGUCAAGGGGCCAAUUUUCCAAGUAAAACAUGUAAAUGACGGCUCAUUGAUUUACAGCUGCAUCGUUGCCACCAGCACUGAGCUGUGGGAUAUCAGCGACAUCUGCACAGGGGUGAGUCAUGCUCCGUCAGAGUCUCAAAGCGUAGUGGGAAGCGGUCCUUCAUCUCUACAGGAGGUCUUGAAUCUUGAAAGUUGCCCUGACCCAGAGAGACCCCUAGCAUCCCAUCAGGUUGAAGGAGUAAGUGUGGAGGAAAGUGGUGACGUUGACGAGGGUUUGAGGAACGAUGCAGGUUCCGCUGUGGCAAUACCUCCGUUUCAGAUUCGCAAGUUUGAGGAGAUGGCCGUGGUGGUGACACACGUAGUGGACCCAGGCCUCUUCUACAUCCAGCACCAGAACUCAAAACUAACACAGCUCUCUUCUGAGAUGGACUGUUGCUUGGGUUUGUGUUUCAGCCUCAACAAAUGCGAUGCCUUUCUUGCUCAGAUAGACAGGGUCCCUGACAUUGGAAGCUACGCUCUUGGUUGGUUUCCCCAGCAACAAGAGUGGUGCCGAGUCCAGGUGGCUAAGAUAUGUGGGGUGAAAGGAGAUGCCUUUCAUUGUUCCACCGAUUAUGGAAGCAUCAAGAACAUUCAGGUAGAAGUGCAGAGAGUUGAUUUUGGAGAUACAGCUUGCCUCUCUCUGAAGGACCUCAGGAAGUUGAGUACAGAGGUGGCAGCCUACCCUGCACAGGCUUUGCAGGUGGCUCUAGCUAAUGUGAGUCCAGCAGAUGGAACGGUCUGGACAGGUCAGGCAGUGAGCUGGUUCAAGAACAAGGUGAACAACAGGACUCUGUACGCCAGGUUGUACCGUCAGGAGAUCAGAGUCACGGUAGAACUAUUUAUGGAGAAGGGCAAGAUCGGAGCCAUGAGAAGAGGAGCCUCACUGUCUUUGAGACUGGCUCAGAAUGGACAUGCCAAGCAUAGCCAGCUGAAGAACAUUGGCCUGAAGAGAAGUCUUGCUCAGGAGCAGUCAAGGAAGGAGGCAGUGGCUUGGGAGAAAUAUCUGAUAUCCUGCUAUGCACAGAACAAGAAAUACCUGGAAUCGAAAAUGAACUGGGGCACCUUUUAUGCCGUGAUCAGCGGCGUAAAUAGGCACUCCACGGGCAUCGGCCGCGUCUGGCUCUCGGUCAUCUUCAUCUUCCGUAUCCUGGUGCUGGUGGUGGCAGCAGAGAGUGUCUGGGGUGACGAGAAGGCAAUGUUCAUCUGCAACACCCAGCAGCCUGGCUGCAACAGCGUCUGCUACGACCACUUCUUCCCAAUCUCACACAUUCGCCUCUGGGUGCUGCAGGUCAUCCUUGUCUCCACGCCGGCUCUGCUGGUCGCAAUGCACGUGGCGCACCGUCGCCAUGUCGACAAGAGGAUCCUCAGGAUGUCAGGCCGCGGAAGCAACGCCAAAGAUCUGGAGCAGAUAAAGAACCAGAAGUUCAAAAUCACCGGUGGUUUGUGGUGGACCUAUACGAUCAGCAUCCUCUUCCGCAUCAUCUUUGAAGUGGGUUUCCUCUUCAUCUUCUAUCUCAUCUACCCUGGCUUCACCAUGUUGCGUCUGGUGAAAUGUGACUCGUACCCGUGUCCCAACACUGUGGACUGCUUCAUCUCCCGGCCUACAGAGAAGACUAUCUUCACCGUCUUCAUGCUGGCAGUCUCUGGCGUUUGCCUCCUGCUCAACAUUGCAGAGCUGCUGUAUCUGGUGGGCAAGGCAUGCAGGAGGUUCUGCCAAGGGUCCGACAAGGACGUCAGAGGCGCCUGGAUCACGCAGAAGCUCUCCUCCUACAAACAGAACGAGAUCAAUCAGCUGAUAUCAGAGCACUCUUUCAAGGGCAAAUUCUCCGUGGGUCGGAAGAGCCCAGCAGAGAAGGAGGAGAGGUGUUCUGCCUGCUAGCCUCUAACCUCUCUCUUUUCUUUUUCUUUCUUUCUCUCUCUCUCUCUCUUUCUCUCUCUUUCUUUCUCUCUCUCUCAAGACUCUAACCGAUCACUGCUAAUCAGUCUGGAUUACAAACGACAGUAUUUACUUCCUCACUUCAUUCAUUCUACUGACAAGGGCAAGAUGAUACCUAUGUUUUUUUCUGUGGCAGGAACCAUUCACUGUGACUCAAUGUCAAAGCCGAUUUGAAGUUUUAAAAAAACUGCAGGAGUGAAGAGUGCCAAAAUAUUGUGGGAAUGUCCAUUACUUUCAUGUGGCUCCUGUCAAAAGCGCUGACAUGUCAAAAAGCAUUACUGUGGAAGAACUGCAGAUCAACAGAAAGGAUCAAAGGCUCAUGAAAACAGAGUAAAUUAUUUUCAGGGUGAGAUUCCAGUGUGCUCUUCUCCGGAAAAAAAACCAACUGCUGUCAAGGUACAGUACUGACUCUUUUGACAACAAAAGCACUAAAACAAGAAAGGGACACUUUUUUGUGGCUUGUUUAUGAGUCAUUGGGAUUAAUUUUGUAAGGGAAGUUGAAGAAAGAUGAAAUACACAAGUGUUCAUGGAUAAAUUGUACAUCUACUUGAAAGCACAAGUGUGUAUUUUGAUCUCCAUUAAUACUUGAGUUUGUUAAAAUUAGGUUUGGGUGUUGUCUGAACUAAUAGCUAGAUCCCUUUUGAAAUUAAAUGUAAAGAUUUUGAACGGUGUAAAAUAUUGAACUCCUCUGCAUAUUCAGUGCUGUAAAUGGCAAGUACAUGUUGAAAAAUGAUACAAUGGAAAUCCUGCUCAUAGUUCCUGUCACUCUUUACAAGUCAGAAGUUAUCACUUGCUAAUCCAUCUGUUUUAUUCUAGUCGGCAUGACCCUUUGACCCAUGACUAAGCUCUGUUGUUUGUACAGUAGGUCACGUGGGUUAAACAUAUGAAUAGCACAGGCUAUAACAGCGGUACCCACUUUAUCUUUUCAUUGAUGUGCAUGUCUCACUAUUACCAUCAGUAUGUGUCUCAUUUUCUCUCACCUGGGGCAUUCACUUAACAGAAUUUCGUUUAGCUUAUUUUCAUGCUGUAAAAAAGCACUGCCUUUGUACUUGACAUUGUAACAUUGCUCAGAGUAUUUGUAAUCAAGUUGGUCUCUUUAAGCAACAUCAAGUGAGCCACACAAUCACGAACGCCUGUUUGAAUAAAGAAAGGGUAAUAUAUUUAUUCACUGAGUCAUUUGUUUCACGGUUAGUAAAAGAUGUUAGCAAGAACAUUCUCCUUAUCAGAUUUUUUUUUCUGUCUCUUUCCUCCACCUCUUGUUUACAGUGCUAUUAAUGCUGAAGUACAGACCUCCGUUUCUCACUAAAACUGUAAAUAUGGUACAUAAUGUAUUGUUCACUUGUGAAUAAAGAUGCAGAACCAUUUCA